AUGGCGGAAGCUCAGCCGUCUAAGCCAUCAGACGAGCCUGACGACGCGCAGAAGGUUGACGUUCAGCCAGUAGAAUCAAUGGCAGAAGCUGGUAAAGACGUUCCGGCAAUUUCAGGCCGUGGAUGGUUCUUCUUGGACGUGAACCAGCAGAAUCAAGGGCCUUAUCCAGACGACCAGGUUCCCGGUCUUCUCGCAUACAACUAUGUAACGCCUGAAACUCUCUUCUGGGCUGAAGGCUGUGCAGAGUGGCUGCCCAUAAAGGGCAACGGGAAGGGGAAGGGGAAGGGGAAGGGGAAAGGGGGCGGGGACGGGGGAGCAGGGGGAGAAGGGGGCGCGGGGGGUGGGAGAGGAGGGGGAGCAGAGGACGAGGAGAUGAAAAAGUUUCUAGAGGAGGUAAGGCGGGCAGAGGCGGAAGCAGCUGCUGCGCAACGGGCAGCGAGAAAGAGAGGUCGAGUGGUGGCGGCUCUAGCCCAUGGCGCUGAUGCUGAUAUGGAAGAGGACGAGGAUGAGGAGGAGGAUGAAGAUGAGGCGGAGGCGGAGGGAGAGGGAGAUGGGGGUGAGGAGGCAGAGGAAGGGAGGGAGGAAGGGAGGAAGGGGCAGGAAGGUGGGAAUGGGGAUGUGGAAAUGGCAUCUGCAGUCACACAAGAGCAACGGCAGCAGCAGCAGCAGGGGCAGGGGGAGGGGCAGGGGAAGGGGCAGGGGCAGCAAGGGCAGGGGCAAGGGGAGGAGGGCGAUCCAGCAGAAGGGGACCAAUUUGAGGAUGAUGAUGGCACGAUAUACCGAUGGGAUGCACGCAUGCGCGUGUGGGUGCCUCUGGGGGAAGAAGGAGCAGCAGCAGCAGCAGCAGCAGGGGCGCCAGAUGCAGCAGCAGGGUUACCAGGUUACGACCCAGAGCAGAUGGUGUUCGUGGAGGACGAGGAGGUUAUCCCCUCUCCUGACGCUGCCAUUGCUGCUGCUGUCGCUGAGAGGGAGCGCGCAGAGGCGAGCGAGGAGGAGGAGAUGGGGGCGGGGAGAGGGGGGGACGCGGAGCGUGGGGGGAAGAAGUGGGGGAAGGGUGGGGAGAAGGAGAAGGGGAAGGGGAAGGGGUGGAAGAAGGGGGAGAAACGAGGGGGGGGUGGGAAGGGGGAGGAAGGAGGAGGAGCGGAGGGAGGGAAUCAUUGGGGAGAGAUGGAAGGGGGUGGGAAGGGCAAGGAGGGGGGGAAAGAGGGGGCAGGGAAGAAAGAACAAGGGCAAGAGAAGGAGCAUGUGGAAACACGAAAAGAGCUCCAGAAGAAGGUCGCCAACAACGAACCGAACGAGUGGUUUGAGCUGAAAGUCAACACAAGUGUGUACGUCACCGGCCUGCCUCACGAUACCAACGAGGACGAGGUGCUGGAGGUGUUUUCCAAGUGUGGGCUUAUCAAAGAGGACCUGGAGACAGGCAAGCCACGGGUGAAGCUGUAUCGGGACAAGGCGACAGGCGAGCUCAAAGGGGAUGGGCUCAUCACAUUCCUCAAGCCGCCCUCAGUUGACCUUGCUCUCAAGAUUUUGGACGGCACUCCCCUGAGACUAGGCGACAAGCACCCCAUGUCUGUGACCCUCGCCAAGUUCGAGCAGAAAGGCAAUGUGUUUGUGAAGAAGGCGAGUGACAAGAACAAGAAGAAGAAACUCAAGAAGCUCGAAGCGAAGGUGCUGGGAUGGGGCGGAUCCGACAACGCCAAGCACACCCUCCCCAUGACGGUGGCUCUCUUCCACAUGCUCACUCGCGACGAGGUGGUCAAUGAUCCCUCACUGCCAGUGGAACUAGAGGCGGAGGUGCAGGAGGAGUGCGCCAAGAUGGGAGUUGUUGAGAGGGUCAAGGUGUUCCCCAAUCAUCCAGAUGGCGUGGUGACUGUGAGGUUCAAGGACAAGGCAGCUGCGUUCAAGUGCAUAGAAGUCAUGCACGGACGAUGGUUCGGGGGCCGACAAAUAUCAGCGGUUGAAGACAAGGGUCUGGUCAACUGGGGGCUUGUGAGGGACGAGGAGGAAGAAGCAAGAAGGUUGGAGCAGUUCGGGGAGGAGUUGGAGGCUGAUGAAAAAUAG